AUGCUGCUUGCUACAAGUCUAUCUGACGGUCUUCAUGGAAUGCCACACCACUGCGACUACAACCACUACGACUCCCACCGCAUUAUAAAGCAACAUAGCGGAAAGGCAUGGAAGAUGGAAGACAACAGAGCUAGAAGACAACGCUACGAGGUACCCUACACGACAGCAGCCAUGGACAGCAGCCUCCUGCUCCCAGACGACUCGAUGCUCUACACCUCGCAAGCAUCCUUCGCCCCCAUGUCCAGUCAACCGGCCGUUCACCUGCCAGAGGAGUAUCUCCCGUACGGCAGCCAGCUCGACGGCUCUUCCUACUACCCAGCACCUCAGGCUCAGCCCUACAUCUCGCACCAAUCCCCAUACUACAACAUCGCAGCAAACCAAGCCCAACCAAGCUCACAAUGGCUUCACCCGUCACACGCCUCCACCUCUGCAUCUAGCCCCCGCCAUCAUCACCAUCAUCAUCACCACCACCACGCCACAUCCUACCAAGAGUCCAUCCCAUCCAUCGCCUCUUCCGACCUCGACCCAGACUUCGACGUCGACAUGGACAUGGACCUCGACCUCGACCUCGACCCCCAAACAACCACUGCCAGAGGAGACCUGCUCCUCUCCUCCCCAUCUCCGAACCCCCCAUCCCGCACCCCCUCAACCAACUCGUCAAACUCAAAAGACCUGACCCUCUACGGCACACCAUCAUCCACCCACCCAGGCGCCUGGCGCUGCGCAUACCCAAACUGCACCUCGCCGUCCCUCUUCCGCCGCGGCUGCGACCUGCGCAAGCACUAUAACCGACACAGGAAGCACCUCUUCUGCCGGCACGACGGGUGUCCGCAGUCAAACCCGCAGGUCCCUGGUGCUGGGUUCAGCAGUAAGAAGGACCGUGAUCGUCAUGAAGCGAAGCAUAACCCCGGCAUUAUGUGUGAGUGGGCUGGGGAGGGUUGUACGAGGGUCUUCUCGCGCGUGGACAACAUGAAGGACCAUGUGAGGAGGAUUCAUUUGAGGGUUAACUAG